UGAAGAAAUAUCAGAAUUGGGCUGCCUGUGUUAACGCAGCAUUUGUGGCAGUAGAUCCCAAUUAGACUGCCUAUGAAACUGUAUAUCAGAUACAAAAGAGGAAGUAGUUCACUGAACUAGAACGCUCAAAGCUAAAAAAAGGAUGGAAUGAGGGACCUGUUACAUGAGACUAAUCGGACGGAAAAAGUAAGAGCUAUGUAGUGAGAGAGGAAAAUACAAAGAGGGGGUAGUGGAGAGAGAGAAAAGUCAAGAAAGAAAAUUAAGAGGUAAAUACAAUUUGUAAAGCGCUUCCUUUACUCUAGAGGCUACAUGGGAUGAAUAAGAAAGAAACAGGGACCGAGAGGGAGAGAAAGAGAGAGAAUGAGAGAGAGAGAUAGAGAUAGAGAGAGAUAGAAAAGAGAACGGCUGCCAAAGAAUGAGAGGGAUGAAGGAAGUGGAGAGAUGAGUAGGAAAGGCUAUUAGCACUCAGCGACGGAGCGAGUGGGAGAGGAAGAGCGAAAGAGGGAGGGGGAGAGCGCAACAACAGAGUGCACAGUGACGGGGAGACCAAUUGUCAGCGAUCUCUACUCCGGCCUGGAUCCGUACAUACUUCUCACCCGGACUAGACCUGGAGAUACUCAAGGACCCUGAGGACGUUGUCACUGCAUUACCUUGACCUUCAGUCCACAGCCUCUUUUUCUCUCGCCCUUUUCUGUUCCUCUUCGCUCACCUGGGAAUGUGUUCUACCUGACCAUCUCUGACAGUGCUGUGAGGGUCGAAAGACGGGCACACCACCACCUCAGAGGAAAAGCACGGCACUGCUCAAGCGGAGCGCACAGGCUUUUGUGCAAACACUGCACGCUGCUUUUAUAAAAGCCUGAGACUGCCACUCAUCUUGCGCACACCAGGCGCACAAAUGCACGCCGUUUCCAAGGCAAGCAAGGUGUCUGUGAGCCAUCAAGCGUGGCGAAGAUUGAAGGAGGAAAAAUAAACAAAAAAGAUGAUGUCGUCACCUGAUUUGUCCCUCUCUUCUACUCUGUGUGAGAGAGAGAGAAAGCACGAUAUAGCCCAUGGCCGAGUGUUAUAAAGGAGCUAAUGACCUUCCUCCAGCCGGGUCUUCCAUUCACGUACCAGGAGACGAAGCACUGAUCCAGCCUUACUCCACUGGAAUUACAGGGUCUGAGGGGACUGAAAGGCCACAGAGCUUUCCUCUGCUCUCUGGAAACUGAUGGAGGGGUGUUUCUAAAGGGUGGUGAAGCAGGGAGUACCAACUGAAGGAGAGGAGACGUGCGUAUUAGCCAGGCACUUCUCUGACUCCGCUGCGAUCCGAGAACAUUCGAACAAUCAAAGAACAAAAGAACAAACAGAGGAGCCCCUAAAAGGAACCAUUCUUCCAUCGAACCACGCGGAUGGAUGUUACAAUGCACAUUCUCUCCCUGUCCACCGAGGAGGAUGAGUGUAUGUUUACUGAAGCCUCAGUGCUUUUCCCCCAGCCGGAAUACAGUGCUUUCAUUUUUUAACUGGAUGUAAGAUAGCAUGGACCAGUCCUCUGUUAUUCAUCAGUCUAAUUUGCAGCCUCUGAGCGAGUUAAACUGGAAAUUAUUUUGAGUGGAUUGUUUUCUCUGUCAUGGUGAAGCUGCAUUUUUAUCUGUGGCCAUAGAAAAGGAAUCAUCCCGCACCCACAACGAAAAAAAUACAGUCAACUGUUGCGUUAACUUAACUCAUCGGCAUUGUAACCUCAAUAUCCCGACUGCACCAAUCAGAUUAAAAGGUGGCGUGCCAAGCCAAGAUUACUACGAAAUCAUCAUCAUCACUUGGCUGCUACAUAUCUACAACAUAGCGAUGAUUGGCUCUCAUGAUUUCCUAUGGGGGCCUCAGCAAGUCAUCUCUGGCUUGUUCAUGGACUCCUGAGGGGAGACAGCACACAAGGGAGGGGAUAAUGCAUACUCCUCCUGUGCUGAUCUCAGAAGCCACCAUGAGCAACUUGACUGUCCUCGACACCUCUGAGCCAGCUGACCUUGACAUGACCCUGUCUGCCGCUCCCUACCCUGUCAGCUUCCAGGUGUCGCUGACGGGUUUCCUGCUGCUGGAGAUUGUUCUGGGCCUGAGCAGCAAUCUGACUGUGCUGGUCUUGUACUGCAUUAAGCAGAACCUCAUCACCUCCGUUUCCAACAUCAUCACCAUGAAUCUGCAUGUUCUAGACGUACUGGUGUGUGUGUCCUGUAUCCCUCUGACUGCUGUGGUAAUUCUUCUCCCCCUGGAGGCUGAUACAGCCCUGGUCUGCUGCUUCCACGAGGCCUGUGUCUCCUUUGCCAGUGUAGCCACGGCCUCCAACGUGCUGGCUAUUACAGUCGACCGCUACGACAUAUCCGUGCGCCCAGCCAACCGCGUGCUCACUAUGGGCCGCGCCGUGGCUCUGCUGGGCUCCAUUUGGGCUCUGUCCUUCUUCAGUUUCCUUGUCCCCUUCAUUGAGGUGGGCUUCUUCAGCCAUUUUGGCUCAGACUUUGUCAACCAGACGGCUGUAGCCUCCGUGGUCCAUGCUAACGAGUACUACACAGAGCUGGGGCUGUACUACCACCUCUUGGCUCAGAUCCCCAUCUUCUUCUUUACGGCCGUAGUCAUGUUGGUGACAUACUACAAGAUACUGCAGGCACUGAACAUCCGCAUCGGGACACGCUUCCAACACAACCAGCCCAAGAAGAAGCCCCGCAAAAAGGCAGUCUCCUUAACAGCUGCAACGCAGGCAGAGUCUACCGAUGCGUCCCAGAGCAGCGGGGCAGUCCGUGGGGGUGGAAACCCGCCAGCCGUCCUGUCCAUGCGGACCUCCGUUUCGGUCCUCAUGGCUCUACGCAGGGCUGUGAAACGGCACCGGGAGCGGCGGGAGAGGCAGAAACGGGUCUUCAGGAUGUCCCUACUCAUCAUCUCUACAUUCCUGCUCUGCUGGACACCCAUCACCGUCCUUAACACGAUUAUCCUCAGCACGGGGCCCUCAGACUUCACGGUCAAGCUUCGGUUGGGCUUCCUGGUCAUGGCUUAUGGGACGACCAUCUUCCAUCCACUGCUCUACGCAUUCACCAGGCAGAAGUUCCAGAAGGUGCUGAAGAGCAAGAUGAAGAAAAGGGUGGUGUCCGUUGUGGAGGCUGAGCCGGUGCCAAACAAUGUGGUCAUCCACAACUCCUGGAUCGACCCCAAAAGGAACAAUAGGAAAGUCACUUUUGAGGAGACCGAGGUCAGGCAGAAGUGUCUGCCUUCAGAGGAACCUGAAUAGAACGGCAUUGACUGCUUUCUGAAGAUGUGGGUGGCUUUGAAUGAAGUUGUCACGCCAAACGGUGCACCAUAAAUAUUAACACGUCUUGAGGGCAUUUGUUUAUACAAAAGACACACCUCUCAAUAGGAGGUGACAGAGUUGGGCAACGUGGAAUAAGCUAUGGACUCAGAUGAUGAUUGAUCUAACCUUUUAGGUAAUAACUGGGGUUGGAAACAAGUGAAAGCAGAAUAAGAACAUUCCUGAGAAAUCGUAGAAAACCAUGGAUUUCAGCACGGCUGGAGGGAGAUGGAAAACAGGGUUCUGGGCAAAGGCCAAGACAGAAAAUCUUCUAUUUAGAGGAUGUGCAAUAACAGUGUGGAAUAUGAGGACAUAAAAUAAGAUUACGUUGAGCUAUGGACACAAACAGGGUGACGAAACAAGAUCAGAAAUCUAUUAUCAGAAACCCAUUAAAGAAGGGAAACCACUGUAAUGUAAAUGAAUGUGUUGCUUGUGUAGUUCCCCAGAAGGGGCUAACUUAUUACUAUUUAUUGUGAAGAGCUUGAUGUGGUGUUGAGGACAAUUACAACAGUAGGCCAUCUACUGCAUGGUAUAGUUGUAGAAAGUUCUAAUUAUAUUGUGUAUAGUCAUGUACAGUAUAUAGACAACAUAUUGUAAAUAUUAUUAUGCACUACGUAUUUGUCCUUUUUAUAAUAAAUAGUGUGAAGAAAAA